AUGUUAAUAGUGAUUGUUCUUGUUACCGGUAUUUUCUAUGGUGUUGAUCUGUUUGCUCAAGGUGCUUGUCGAACAGGUCAUGAUGAUCAAUCAUUUCUUGUUUCAUUUUUCAUUGAUAAACUACUUGGAAAUAAUUCGAAUGACUUCAUUAUUGGUGAACUAGAUGUACAAUCCGUAUUCACAAAUAUUAUCAAUGACUGUCGGAAUCGAACACAUUUUAGUGAAUAUUUUUUUAAAAAUCAUUUAAUUCAUUUGGAAAAUGAUACGCAUCAUGCAAUGAAUCAAUUAAAUGAAGAAAUCUUUUAUAAAUUCAAUGAAUCAAUUGACUCAAUUGAUAUUAAAUCUGAUCUCGAGCGUCUUGAUGAUUUGUCUGUUAAAGUCAAUUCAACUAAAAUCGAAGACAAAAUACAACCGAUUAGAAACGAUUGGACAAAAAUUCAGACACAAUUCGAAAAGAUAUCUUCUAGAGUUCCACUGUUAUCGACUAGUAUAGUUAAUCAAACAAUCGGUGAUUUCACAAGCUAUUUGACAACGGUACUCGAAUCAACAGUUGAUGCAUGUCCUCUACCAUUAACUAUAAUAUACAAGGCAGACACAUUGGUAUGCCAUAAUUUUGCUACAUCAAUUAAUGGUAUUUGGUUCAGUCUCUUCCUCUAUAUGUUUUUCAUCAUUUGUGGUCUUUGUAUUUUCGGUCUUUGUAUUUAUAAACGAUUGUAA